CUCAGAUUGUCCUUGUCAGUAUAGGCUGUCCGGUUUAAAUUGAGUCGUUACAAUCUAGAAGGUGUGUACAGGGACUGGGGCAUGAAAGAGUUACUCCAAAAAGGCUGUGAUGAAUAUGAAAAAUACAAGAAGACCGAAUACAAAUGUUGGUCUAAGGAGUUCCUGUGUUCGGCCAAAGAAACCGUCAAAAUAACAGUAGAUGGCUUCAAAAUGAAGAAAGGCUACCAUCAUCAUCGCUGGUAUAGAUGGUUUGAAACUGUGCGAGGACACCAAGCCGACGAUAGAGAUGAUGAAAUCAASUGGAUCACAAAAAUGCGAUGGAAUGACCCAAAACUGCUUUACUGGGCUCAAAACGAUCUUGAAACCCUCGCCAAUAAGAUAUUUGAUCGAAUUUUCUUCUACAUUGAAAAAAAUAAUAUCGAUAGCCUGAGRCUAGUAUUYGAUCACUACAAAUCAAGUGGAGUUAUGAAUGCAAUGAAAGAACAGUGUAUUACCAUGAACGAAGACGAAACUCAAAUACAGUGUAAGYUAGCUAUAGUGUUUGAUAGGUUAUCAGAAUUGAUGGUAGAUUCUAUGGAUAUUCCAUGGGACAUGAAUAAUUCUCCCCCUAGAACAAGGGAAGAACUAUCUAUGUUAUAUCUSCUUCAACCAAAAGUCUAUGAGAUUAUGGAYAUCGGAUCCAAAGCAAGAAAUAAGACCCUUUGCCACCGUUUGAAAACAAUGUUUCAGAGCUUUUUCGAUAAUGCUUUAGAAAUGAAUGGUGAGAAAAUUAAGGGGCAUUUUGGUAAAUUUGGUUCAAUUUAUGAGAGUGUAAAGCAGGAUUGCGCGCAAACCUAUAAAAAUGAUUUUGAACAAAUGGUAUGCUAUCUAAGCGAGACAUUCUCUCGCAUGAACGAAUUAGGGAAUGCAUUAGGUGUGGAUUACAGUAACUGGCAGUCGAGUAGAGCACAAGGCAUGAGAGCUGUUGUUUUAGUUUGGCUUUUAUUGACGCCUAAAGGUAAAUUUUAUGUUAAUGCUAAUGAACUGGUAAGAGSUCAGUCGGCGAAAGAGCUGCUUAAACUGAUGUACAAGAAAAUCCAAGCAAACGAUCUUGUCAGUCUUCAAGAGAUUGCCAGUCUUAUUCCUAAUGAGGAUCAAAUGGGAUUGACCAGUAAGGACGAAUGUGCCCCCAAUUUCGACAAAAUYAGUCGCGACAUGAAAUGUGGUUUUAAGAUUCUCAUAGAAAACUUAGCAGUGUUUCUUGGUCAGUACAGUAGCAAGGAUCAAAAAACGAAACGUUUAAGUCUAACGGUUAAUCACAAAGAACGAUUACAGCAAUUUCAAAUCUCAAGUAUUAAAGGUGCUGUUGAAAACACUAAACUUGAGCUUAAAAGUUCYCUAGAAGGAUUUGUAUCUGAAAUUAAGAAGUAUUUUGAAUCCUCACUUGGAAAUCGCUUUGAGAAUUUAAGGCAGUAUUAUCAAUCACUAGCUAGCUUUGACUUAGAAAUUGCCAAUGYAGAUGUAGCUUUUAUCAAUGGUAAACUAGGCGAGUUCAAAACGACUGCAGCAACACUGAGUGAGAAGCUCGUGUAUGAUGGUUCUCAAUUGCAAAGGGAAGGCACGCUCAUUAAGUCUAUCGAUGCUACUUUUAUGUGGAUGAAAGCCAUUGCGUCGGGAAUCUCAGCUGUUGUUGGGAUCAUGGGAGGUGAUUUUAGUGGAUUCGCUGAUGCUGCUGAUCGUAUUGAUGCUGCUGCCAAAUCAACUUUAGAAGCAGUUAAGGGUGGUGCAAUCGCUGGACAAAUCGAAAUAGCAACAAGCAARUUUAAGAUAAUUGCAGACGGAUUAAAGGAAAAUCAAGAUCAGUUGGAGAAUACAAAAAMAAUUAUUGAUAAACUCAAUAUUAAAGAAACCAAUAGUAUUGAAUUCAAAAAACUUCRAACGGAUUUCAUCAAAUCUUAUAAUGAUUAYACUCCAAAAGUAAACGCAGCGCAAAUUGCUGAGCUUGACACUGCAUGGAGUGAAGUAGUCGACAACUUAGAGGCUUUGAUGGAUUCWAUGGAAACGAAAGAGGGUAUUKCAGGUGCAACAAGGUAUUUCGUGCACAACCAUUUUUUCAAAAUAAAACUUGUUGUACCGCAGCUUUCUCAAACUCUCAGUGAUAGGUUUGAUUUUCAAUUUGAUUUGAUGGACAGUUUAGCAGCAGCGGUUCGUGCGCAUACUUCUAUGCAAGGUGCUAAAGGYCUUUCUCAAGGAUUUUCAGAAUUAGAACAACAGUUAGCAGAGUCUGAAACAGCUCAGGUUGCUCUCGACCAAAUGGCUUUAUCCACAUAUAUAUUAUCGCAGUUCCAUCUCCUUAUGAUUCUCUCGCAAUAUUGUAAUUAUGUUACAUAUGUUAAUGCAGGGAUGGAGUCCACGAAAUGCAACACUGCCUUAAGAACAAUGAAUCCUGUYCAUAUCGACGAUGCACUAAGCUAUAGUCCUCCUUCUUGCGAUGUUGUCAAAGCUAAUCUAAGAAUCCCUACAGAUCUUUCAGGCAAAACCGCUAGUAUCAAUUUAAAACAGUUAAACUCAGGAGAGCCCGUGCCUUUUCAAAUUCCAAAUUUUGAAUGGCUGACGCUUAACGGGGGGAUAUCUGAAGACGAUAGGGACAGUGCCCUUUUUGUCAAGCUUUUUGAGGUCUAUGCUAUCACUAAUGACAGCUAUCAGAUAAAGACUAAUUUGCGGGUAACUGUAACGCCCUCUGGGCCUGCCCCUGUUUAUCUAGGUGUGGGUAAUGUCAAAUACGAACUGCUACCAAUMUCACGGACUACUUAUGUAUUUGAAUACAAGGAAAAUGAUAGAGGUAACUGCGAAUCGGAGAAGAAUCCCUACUUUGUUUGUUCCCCGGGACCCAAAGGGAUUUGUGUCCAAAGUAGGGGAGAGUUAAAGAAUGACCUAGGAGCUUAUCCUUCAAUCUAUAGUCCAUGGAUCAUUACACUUGACAAAAACAUAGGCAACGCCCCAAAUCCUGUCAAAGGCACAAAAUUUUAUCUCCAAGCUAAGCUUCAGCUAUGCCGUAAAAUGAAGGAUUCUAAUGCUAGAUCCCGCCGAGGAAGACGUUCUUUGAGCKCUCUCAAGAAGCGCAAAACCAAAAUAUACAAAUACARGGACGCGUCUGCCUGUCCGCAGGGAAAAUACUAUAAUCAAGACUCAAGGCUAUUUGCUGCAUGUAGUGCUGACUCUACCCCACAGCAUAAUAACUAUUAUUGCGAGAUGAAUUAAAUCGAUUUAUCAUAAGGAGGUAAUCCACACCUAAUCUUAGAUUCAGAUAUAAUGCAUUCUAAAUAUAUCUAUGUCUAUAAAUU